GAUACGAGAGCAGUCGACCACGACGAUGGGACAGGGCGACAACUACUCCAUCGCUGAAUUCGCUAAUCGUCUAGCGAAAACCGAAGAAAAAUAUGGUCGAGAAAUUCACGAACUUAUUCUCUGUUUCAUCAACUCCAGGGUCGAUUUACCGGUGAAAAAAUUGGAAGGCCUGAGUAAGGCACGGAUGAAAUGUGCGAAACAUCUGAACAAAAUCGAUGACAAGAAGGAAGAAUAUAUAAAUUUGUGGAAAUUCUGCAAUAUUUAUUCGGCCACGGCUGUGGAUGUGGAUGAUGCAAUGCGCGAGAUUCGUAAUUCGAUUCGUAAACGCCUAAAAACAAAAGAACGUCGAGACACUUCAGCACAUGGACGUCUAAUCGACGAAUAUCGUCCGUCGAAAAAAGCUGACCAUCAACAUCAGCAGGAGAUCUACGAUAAGCCGACAAAAAAGGAAAAACAACGUUGGCGUGAUUUGACAUUGUUCGGACGUAAAAAAGAAAAGGAACUUGACAACAGUUUUGCUACACUGGCACAUGUGCCGAAAUCGGCACCACCGCUUCCAGAUCCAAAGGCAAAACCACACCCACUAGUCGCUGAACGACGUCCAAACUCUUUGCCUAAUGGUAUCAGUCAUUCUCCGAAAGAACAGACUCAAUCGGACCAUCAUAGCGCUCCAAUCCCACCACCUUCAACGCUAAAACCGGGAUGGAUGCGUGCUCCGGCUCCCCUCCCACCAGCACAUGAGAAAAGCAGUCUCACAUCAGCUAGCGUGGAAGAUGCCGCAGGUUCGGAAUCCAAACAAAAACACUCUUCUAUCCCACCAAGACCUGACGAUGUGAAACGACAAGAUAUCGGUUCAACGGAAGCAAAGGAUGCGGGCUCGGGAAGCAAUACUUCGAAGGAAACACCGACGGCUCCAAGGCAAAUCUCUCCUACAACGUUGUACAAGCCGACAGCCCCGCACAGUCAUAGUGUUUCAAAAACGAAAAUGCUCAGUGUAGAUACUGGUGGUGAAGAUUUGGAAGACAACGCGCUAGAGAGAAAUUGUGUGUUUCAACUCUCCCACACAACCAUAGCCAUCCUGCCAAGUCCCCAAUCACCUCGUGUUCCACCCACGCUUAUGCAAAUAGAAGAUAGUAGAGGAGAAGAGAACCCGAUGCUCGAACGGCGCGGCGGAACAGCAGGAGUAUUGGCGAAGCGACAUUCAAUUAAGAUCAACAAUAAUUCAACAAUAGAGUCGGAUGCAGCCAGCUUCUCCUUGUGUAUGCAGUCACCUGGUACACUGUGGUAGCCAAGAUACUGAUUAUGAAGAAGUCAACAAGAAGUAUCAGCUUUCUCGCCUGGACAGCACUCCGUCAUCAUCAAUCGUUUAUGAUUUGGUAUCGCAACUGUAAACACACUGUUAACAUCUAACACCUCCAUUAGGAUGUUUUGAACGACCGGUGGAUUCAUAGCAACGAACAGCCAACGGGUUCAGAAUAAUUUCAUUAUCCGGUCUGACAUUUUCAAUUAUCUUUCUUAAAAUUCUUUCACUUGGAACCUUACUGCUAUACAAUCACGCAAACAUUACAUGUACGUAAUUCUCAAUUGUUUGUACUCCUAUUCCCUUUUUACAGUUGAUUCGUGGCGUUUAUGAUUGCCUUUUUACAGCAUUUCUGCAUCUUCAACCGCUUCGAAGUGUGAAUAAGAAUUACAUUGUAGUAUUUCUUGGACAUCCAUCU